UUUCACACAAAUUCCGGAGCUCCGGGUUCGGACUGUGGAUGACUGGCCGAGAAAGGGCGGGAGGAGGCGCCGUACGCGGCGCGCCGACCGGGGUUCACGGCUCGGCGACGCCGCCCGUGCUGCCCCGCGCCGGGGCCGGGACAGGCACCGCCCGCCCGGGUGUCCGCUCCGCCCACAGAGUCCGAUGGCGGCGGCCGCGCGCAGGGACACGGCUGAGGGUGGUGUGACCUUUGAGGAUGUCGCCGUGUACUUCUCCCAGGAGGAGUGGAAGCUCCUUGAUGAGGCUCAGAAACGCUUGUACCACGAUGUGAUGCUGGAGACCUUUGCACUUAUAUCCUCACUGGGUUGCUGCUGUGGGGCAGAAGAUGCGGAGGCACCCCUUGAACAGAGCAUUUCUGUAGGUGUGUCACAGGCCAGCGUGCCCAAGGCAGCUCUGUCUUCCCGGAAGACCCAUCCCUGUGAGAUGUGUGGUCCGGUCUUGAGAGACGUUUUCCACUUGGCUGAGCACCAGGAGAAGCCAAGUAGCCAGAAACUAUUCAAGUAUGGGGCAUGUGUGAAACAAAUCUAUUGCAGUGCAAACCUUCAAGAGCAUGAGAAGCAGCACAUGAGAGAAAAAUCCUUCAGCAGCAGUGUGGACAGGGCCCCAUUUGUGAAGAGCAGCAAUUUCCAUGAUUCAGAAAAGCCCUUUACCUAUAAGGAGGUUGAGAAGGACUUCCUGACCACCUCAGAACAUCUCCAACAACAGGCAGCUCAUACUGGAGAGAAUAGAAUCACCAAGUGUGGAAUGACUUUUCAAAGCAAAGAAAGUCAUUACACCUGGGAAGAAUGCAGUAAAGCCUUUGGUCCCAAACACACACUUGUUCAAGACCAGGGUAUCCACACUGGAAGACAGUGUUUUGUGUGCCCUGAGUGUGGGAAAACAUUCAGGUACAGAUCUUCACUUGCUAUUCACCAGAGAAUCCACACUGGUGACAAGCUUCAUGUGUGUAGUGACUGUGGUAAAUCAUUUACGGGAAGCUCAACCCUCAGUCAACAUCGAAGAAUUCAUACUGGACCAAGGCAGUACAAGUGCAGCAAAUGUGGGAAAUCUUUUAGCCAAAAAUUUGUCCUCCCUUAUCCUCAGAGAAGUCACACUGGAGAAAAUUGUUACGUGUGUCGUGGCUGUGCUCAAUCUGUUAGUCAGAGCUCCAUCAUUAUUCGACAACGUACAAUUCACACUGGAGAAAUGAGUUAUGAGUGCACUGAAUGUGAGAAAUCGUUUCGACGAAAAUCCGAUCUCAUUGAACACUGGAGAGUACACACAGGAGAAAGGCCUUAUGAAUGUAGUGAAUGUGGGAAAUCUUUUACUUCUAGCUCUGCCCUCCGUUAUCAUCAGAGAAUUCAUACUGGAGAAAAACCUUAUAAAUGUAGUGAAUGUGGAAAGUCUUUUACGUCUAGCUCUGGCCUCCGUUACCAUCAGAGAAUUCACACAGGAGAAAGGC